AUGUCUUACAGUAAAAGAUUCUCAAUCGACGAUGCUUUUGAAGAUGAACCAAUUGAUGACAUAAAAGUGUAUGUGUCUAGCUUAGGAAAUUCACCUUUACAAUCACCUGGACAAACCAAAUUGACUAAUUAUGGUGGUAUUGAAAAUGAAUCUAUUUCAAGAACAAAAAAAUUUGAAGAUACAUUAUCUCGAGACAGCGAUUCGUUGAUAUACAAUUCAACAGCACAUUCUAACCAAAAGAAUUGGUGUUGGCACCAUCCUCAAGUACGAGAAAAUUGGCGUGUGGUACUAGCUGCUGUAAUUUUAUUCAUCAUUGGAAUUGUAUUAUUAUCAGUGGCUAUAAUUGUGCAGUUGACUCCGACCACAGAUUAUCAUCCAAUAGUGUUUUUCAUCGCUGGCUUCAUAUGUUUCAUACCCGGAGCAUACCAUGUUGUGUAUAUAUAUUUAGCCGCAAGAGGACAUCCGGGUUACAGUUUUUAUAGCUUAUCUUUAUUCAACUGA